GGAGUGAGUUUGCAAUUCAGAUCAUUGGCUUUUUGCCUGCCUAUAUUUUAGAUAAGAAGGAAAGAGUUGCUGCUGAGGUGCAAAGGGGUCUUCUGAAUUGCAGUGGCAGGAAGACCUGAGACCCUCUGUCUCUUAGCUGCUUUCAAAGUUAAAGGGGGAAAAGGUAAGGAUGGUGGAGGCUUUCUGUGCUACCUGGAAGCUGACGGACAGUCAGAACUUUGAUGAAUACAUGAAGGCUCUAGGUGUGGGCUUUGCCACUAGGCAGGUGGGAAAUGUGACCAAACCAACGGUGAUUAUAAGUCAGGAAGGAGACAAAGUGGUGAUCAGGACUCAAUGCACAUUCAAGAACACAGAGAUUAGUUUCCACCUGGGAGAAGAGUUUGAUGAAAUCAGUGCAGAUGACAGAAGCUGUAAGUCUGUCAUUAACCUGGAUGGAGACAAACUCAUUCAUGUACAGAAAUGGGAUGGCAAAGAAACAAAUUUUGUAAGAGAAAUUAAGGAUGGCAAAAUGGUUGUGACUCUUACUUUUGGUGAUGUUGUUGCUGUUCGUUACUAUGAGAAGGCAUAGAAAAGUUCCUGCUCUGGGCUGGAGAAGCUGGUUCCUUACAUCUCUGUGCUAUCUUGCUAUUGCAGCAAGCUGAUCACUAAUUAGAAAGUCAUCUUUGGUGUGAAGGCAGAAAAUAGUGACUUAAAUACUUGAUACUUCAAGCAACUAGCCCAAUUUUGAUAUGUAAAUUUAUCAUGGUUUAUAGUUUCCAUUACAAUUUUGUAACAAUUUUUUUUAUAAACUAGUGAAUACAUUUUAUGAUUUCCUUUGGAAUGCAAUCAAAUUGAAAUAAAAAUCUUACUUAUAAAAUUUUGUUGUUUUU